AUGCAUAAAAGCAAAGUCGUAAAUACAAAACGUGAACGCGGUUCAUCAAACAAUAAAAAUCAGAAUAAUAACAAUAUAGCUAAGCAACCAUUAAAAACAGAAUCAUUUCUUACACUUGGUGCUUUAGUAACCGGUUUUACAAGUACACCAACAAAUAUGUCUGAUGAAAUAAAUCAAGCUGAUGCAUUAAUUAUAAAACCAACAACAAUUGAUAUUAUGAAUGGUCAAACAUUAACAAAAUCUCUUCAAGUUAAAAUUUCCAAUGAAACUAAAAAUGGACAUGAAACACUUGAUGAACAAAAUAGUACAUCAUCACUAUCACAUAUCGAUCAUAGUAUUGAUAGUGGUCUAUCAUCAGAAGUAACAUAUACAGAAAUUGAGAAAACAAAUGGCGAUGAUGAAUUACAUUCAACAAGUACGAAUACAUCAACAAAUCAUCAACGUGAAUCAAGUCCAACAAGUGGUGUUAUUAUACCUGAAGAAAAACGUGUUACAGAUCGUGUUAAAGUAUUUGAAGCUGUUGCUAAUAAUAAUGAUAAUCAAAUAAUAAAAAAUGGUAAUACAAAAAAAAAAUCUUUAACAUCAUCAAGUUUUUCGAUUGGUGAUCAUAAACAAAUAUCAUCAACAUCAUCAACAGAUGCAUCUGAUACACAAUCAAUGAAUGAAAUGAAAUCAUCUAAACCAAAAUCAAAAAAAUCAUCUUUAAAAAAACAAAUACAAAAUUUACUUAAAAUUGAUAAAUCAUCAACACAAGAUGAAUUAAAUACUCUUGAAGAACAAAUUAUGAACGGAAAAAAAAAUAAAAAAGAUAAUAAUUCAACAACAACAUCUACGUUGAAACAUCAAUCAUCACCAAAAAAUUCUAUUGAACCACUUGAAAUACAAAUUCCACCAACAAUAAAUAAUAAUGAAAACUCUUCAUCAACAACUGUAUCAAAAUUAAUCAAUACGUUUCAAACAAAUGAUAUUGAACAAACAGUAGUUGCACCAAAAUUAAACACUCCUACUCUUCCAUUGGAAAAUGUAAGUUUCCUUUAG